CACCUCUCACCUCGGUGCACAGCGGACCGGCGCAGCUCUCGUAUCGUAUCCAUAGGCUGCAGUUUGUUUGGUGGCGCGCCUUUACUGCCGCCCAACCCCAUGACGGUUUAAUUGCCUCUGCCCGCCUGCCUCGCUCGCUAUCUCUCGCUCGGGUGCUCCUGCCGCGGCGCCCCAGCCUGCGCCUGCCAUAAGUAAUGCGCACUCCGCGGUGACUCACCGACGACGCGCGCAUUCACGCCCCAGCUACCACAGCGCGCAGGAGAUGGGCGAGAGGAGGAGGCGCGCGAGCGCCGUCGCCGGCGGGGACGGCCGGGGGGAGGAGAAGGCCGCGGCACCGGCACCGGCACCUGCGCCGGCGCCGACGGUGUGGUUCGCGCUCAAGAAGUCGCUGCAGUGCCGGUCCCAGUCGUCGGAGGUACACGUGCCCAAGCCCAAGGCCAGCUCCAGCUCCAGCGCCGGCGCCGGCGCUGGCGGUGGACUCUCGUCCAUCGUCACCAAGCGCGCGGCGCGGUCCGGGUGCUCACGCUCCAUAGCCAACCUGCGGGACGUCAUCCACGGGAGCAAGCGCCACCCAGGCCAGCCGCCCAGCUGCAGCCCGCGGUCCAUCGGCAGCAGCGAGUUCCUCAACCCCAUCGCCCACGAGGUGGUGCUCAGCACCAACUCCCGCUGCGAGCUCAAGAUCACCGGCUUCGGCGGCUGCGGCGGCCUCGGGGCGGCGGGGGGAGGAGCGCCCGCGCACGAGGCGGAGGGCGGCGACGGCGGCGUCGUGUCGUCCUUCGUGGGCACGCUCCGCCCCGGCACGCCGGGGCCCGGCUGGAGCCACGGCCUGCAGUACAGCGGCUCGUGCCGGGCGGGCAGCAUGCGGUGCACGCCGCCGAGGUCGCCGAACCCGCUGCUGGACAGGGACGGCGCCGCCGCGGCCACGGCCCACCGCGCGUCCUGCGAGGUCGACGCCGCCAAGGCCGGCGGCAAGGGCUCCGGCGGCCUCAGCUGCCACAGGUGCACCGAGCAGUUCGGCAAAUGGGAGGCGCUGGAGGCGCACCACCUAUCCAAACAUGCAGUGACGGAGCUGGUGGAGGGGGACUCGUCGCGGAAGAUCGUGGAGAUCAUCUGCCGGACGAGCCUGCUCAAGUCGGAGAGCAGCUGCGUGCGGAUCGAGCGCGUGUUCAAGGUGCACAACACGCAGCGGACGCUGGCCCGCUUCGAGGAGUACCGGGAGGCGGUGAAGCUCAAGGCGAGCAAGCUGGCCAAGAAGCACCCGCGCUGCCUCGCCGACGGCAACGAGCUGCUGCGCUUCCACGGCGCCACGCUCUGCUGCGCGCUCGGCUCCGCCGGCGCCAGCAGCCUCUGCGCCUCCGACAAGUGCGCCGUCUGCCGCAUCAUCCGCCACGGCUUCUCCUCCUCCUCCUCGCCCAACGCCAAGAAGGACGGCAAGGCCAGCGUCGGCGUCUUCACCACGUCCACCAGCGGCCGGGCGUUCGAGGCCGCCGACGAGGAAGACGACCCGGCGGCCGCGGCCGGCGGUGCGCGCAGGGCGCUGCUGGUGUGCAGGGUGAUCGCCGGGCGGGUGCACAAGCCGCUGGAGAACGUGAGGGAGUUCGUGGGGCAGACCGGGUUCGACUCGCUGGCCGGCAAGGUCGGGCCCUACGCCAACAUCGAGGAGCUGUACCUGCUGAACCCGAGGGCGCUGCUCCCGUGCUUCGUGGUCAUCUGCAAGCCUUGAUCCCGCGCUAACCGAGCACUACUCCUCAAAUUAACCAUUCUUUUUCUCUCUCGGUUGCCUGCCACUCUGUUAACGUUUGCACGGGCCAUGACGCGGUGCGGCUGCCUGCUAGUAGUAUUGGCCAGAUGCGUUUUGUCCAUAUUCCUGUGAAUGUACGUGAAUGCCUUCACGUGUAGGAGCUGAUCGCUUCACCAUUUUCCUUUCCGGGUGGUCACUACGCAGUGCUAUUUGCUAGACGACAUGGACGGGAACAACCGAUGGCUGUUGGUACUACGUGCGUGCUCAUCUGGCUACUUGCGUUGUGUACCCUCGUCGAAUGGACACCUGAACAAAUUUUACCGUAGCAGAGCAUCAAGAAUCAUUCAAGAGAGGUAAAAAGUGCCUAUGUUUGUAGGAGUAGGGUCAAUGCACCUUCCUGGUUUGUGCAAGUGCAGUUGUACACUUGUACUCCGUAUAUACUAGCCCGCCUAAAGCAGACAGAGGGCGUAGAGUUGUAGUAUUUUCAAAUGUUUGUCUGAC